AUGUUUCAACGUCUGUUGAUACCCUGUGCUGUGUCCAAGGCCCAAUGGAAUACCUCAAACCCGAAAUUUCAGCCAUCGCCAGGAGCUAUCGGACAAGAUACUCUGCUAGGGAUCAUUGUUUCAGCUAUUGUUGGAGUCCCACUUCUUUUCCUGGCAAGCAGAGUCUACCAGAUCCGAAAGCUGCGAGCACUUGAACAGCGGUACGGAUGCGAGAAACUUCCAGAUGAACGCGAUGUUUUUCGAUACGAUCUCUUCGGCAUCGCGAAAGCAAUAGAGCUGGCCUUUCAUUUCCGGCAGCGAACGUCGCUUUCGUACACAAAUUCACUGUUUCAGAGAUAUGGCGAAACGUAUGCCUCUAAUGUCAUCGGCUCCCGCAUGAUUCUCACUUGCAGUGCAGCCAACAUAAAGCAUAUGUUAUCCACUGGAUUUGCCGAUUUUGAUAGUUCAGCGCUGCGAAAACCCUUGUUUGAGCCAAUUACUCCACAUGGCAUUUUCACCCUCGACGGUGCAGACUGGAAGAAAAGCCGGGAGAAGAUGCGGAAUCGGCUGUCUAACCUCCGCAAGAUCAUUGACUUGGACCUGUGUGAACAGCACUUCCGGGUUUUCCUUCAGCAUGUCCCGCCAAAUGGCCAGAUCUUUGAUGUUCAAAUUUGUACUUCUGCUCUCUCUUUGGACAUGCAGACCAUGUUUGCUCUUGGGGAGUCUGUUGAUGCUCUCAGCUUUACCCAAUCGCAAAAGAAGAAGCAAUUUGUUGACGAUCUUGAAGUUGUCAAAGAACGAAUCGUCCAAGACGGGUUUCGGGGUCCUCUCCGUCACCUAGUGCCCAGGAGAGGCUUUUAUAAGUCUUGCCGGAGAGCACGGGAAUAUGUUAUGGCUCAUGCCACGCGGGAAAUCGAGGAACGAGAAAGCAAGAGUGAAAUGAGUAAAGAUGGAUAUCUUUGUGAUUCCAACGCCAGUCCGGAAGAGCUUUCGCAGUUUGCCGAUCAGGCAAUGAGUAUUCUGCUUGCAAAUGACAGCAUGAGCACUACUCUCUCGGGUCUCUUCUACUGCUUAUCCCAGGAUGAGCGUGUCGUCAGCAAACUCCGAGCAAGCAUCAUUGAUACCAUUGGACUUACGCCGCCAACGUGGAAUCAGCUUGGAACAUUGCAUUAUGUCCGCUGGGUACUUUGUGAAGGUGAGAAGAUCCAUUCAAACCGUCAGGAUUUAGCACUAACGCUGAAUGUUUCAAAGUGA